UCGCGUUCUCACUCCCGCCAUCAUGUCCUCCCAGUCCCCCGCCUCCUCGUCUUCUCCCGGUGCCAGCACUAGCACACCCAAAGCGUCCUUGGCACUCUCAUAUCUCGAUCUGCCUGAAGACUAUGUGCCAUCGCCCGAGACACAACCCAUCGAGUUCUUGACUAAGCACUUCCGCGAGCUACCUCCCCAUCUGCUUUCUCACUUCUCGGCGACGACUGCACCCAAGCAGCGCUCGCUCAUCCCUGCCAUCCGAAACAGAAGGCUGCAAUAUGUGGACUCCGAUCCUUCGGAACUGUCCCUUGCGUCCGCAAAGGCUACAUGGCCGACACUGUGGCCGGGGAGGGAACCACCCGGUCGGGAACAAGGCGAGGACGAGCGCGAGUGGGCCGAGAAGUUCUUCAUGGGCAGUAGCUUGAAGCCGCACGUUGGAAAGCUAGGCAUGCUGCUCGGCGGAUACGAGGAAGAGCGAUCCGCAGAGCAUGUCAGGGCACAGCGACGUGCAGCAGCGGAUGAGUGGGAUAGAGUGCCUGAGGAGGAAGAGAGCGACGAGGAGGAGGGGGAUGAGACACAGCCGCCUCCAGAAGGGGACGAGUCUGCAGAAGACGUGAAGGCGUGGUUUCUGCGCCGAGUCAGAGAACGCUUUAUAUACGGCUUGCUUGAGUCGGUCGACUACGACAAAGUCGAUUGGGACGAGUCGUGGGACGCGGACAAUGACAGAUCUGCGCAGGAAGCCUGGUUCGACGAGGAAGAGGAGAGCGAUGAGACGCCUCCAGACAUGGCUGCAGAACUCGCCCGCAUCGCCGCGGCUCUACCGGAUAUCCCCAGGAAACGCGUUCAAACAUCAAACAACACCGUUCCUAUUGUUGGUGCAGAAACAUGAUAGGACGCGACGAAUGAAAUGAGCUUCAUUCGCCGUUACGUGUUCAAGCGGUCGCUGCGUUGUGUGCGUGUUCCUGCAGGCACGUACGAUCUCUCUCGCAUGCCUGUUCGGAGGCUAGUGAUUGGAUGGCCUCACAGUUCUACAUGUGUGGCGUUUGGGGUAGGCGAACG